AUGACCAAUCAAGCUGGGCAACAGAGGGGAAAUCGACAGGAAAUUACUGAUACUUCGAGGAUCCGCGAGUUCCAAAGGAUGAAUCCCCCAAACUUCACAGGCUCUAGUGUUACUGAGGAUCCUGAGAAUUUUGUUGAGGAGCUUCAGAAAGUUUUUGAAAUCAUGCAUGUUGUUAAUACUGAAAGGGUGGAACUAGAUGCAUACCAAAUGAAGGGUGUCUCUAGGAUUUGGUUCGAUCAAUGGAUGAAGAACCGAGUUGAGGAUGCACCACUUGCGAAAAUGGUUACUGACAUGAGGAGCAGAAUGAGUUUAUUUGUUGUUGGGAUGUCUCUUCUGUCGAGUAAGGAAGGUAAGGCUGCAAUGUUAAUAGGUGACAUAGAUAUAGCAAGGUUGAUGGUCUAUGUGCAGCAGGGUAGUAUGGCGCAAGGUGGUAGUAAGCCUCUUGCUUGUGCUAAGUGUGGUAGGAAUCACUCUGGUACUUGUCGUGAGGGCUCCACUGACAGAGCUGCACCUAGAGGGGUUACUUCAAGUAUUGGCGGAGGAACAAACCGCCUAUAUGUUAUCACAAGUCGCCAAAAGCAAGAGGAUUCACCAGAUGUUGUUACUGGUAUGAUCUAA